GAUAUAUUCCAUAUGAUUCCUGAAAUCCUGGAGAUUCACGAAGACUUUCUGCGUGAGCUGAUGAUGCGCGCUGACAACUGGAGCAGUCAACAGGGCAUCGGGAUGGUCUUCCUCGACAAGCUAACAGCACCGGUUGUGCUGGACACGUACACGGCGUUCGUCAACAACUGGCCCACAGCGCGGGAGGCGCUGCGGCGCGCCUGUCAACUUAAGCCCGGACUGGCCAAGUUUCUGGAGAGCUUGGAGCGCUCAAACAAACGGAAGCUCAGCUUCACCCACCUUCUCAUCAUGCCCGUGCAGAGGAUACCCGGUACGAGCUCCUACUCAGGUGAGAUAAGACGCCAGUUACCGUAA